UUACUUUGGACCUAAUUAUGAUCCAAAUUGAGUAAUGCUUAAAAUAUAAUAUAGGGUAGUCUGAUAUAUUAGAGGAAAAUGAAACUUUAAAAAAAACAAAAGCCAUCUAGAUUAGAUUAAUAUAAAAUAAAAAGUGGUCCUAAAAUCAGAUUUGAAACUCCAUUUCAUGUUAAAUGCUUAAAAUGUGGUCAUAUGAUAGCAAAAGGUGUAAGAUUUAAUGCUGUAAAAAGAGAAGGUAAGAUGAAAUUUUUUAUGAUUUACUAAGUGGGUUAAUUUCAUAGUACAAUAAUAUUGUAAUUUUCAAUGCUUAGUCCAUCUUGUAAAAAUACUAUUGUUUGUAAGACCGAUCCUGAAAAUUGUGAUUAUAAUUAUACUGAAGAGCAAUGAAAUGGGUA